AUUUUCUCUCACCACCUCUCGAUCCCACUGCCGAAAAAGCCCUAGCGCCCAAACACCGCCGCCUCCUCUCACCGCCACGGCGCCUCCCAUCGCCGUGAUCUCCUCUCAACCCUCAGCAUUCUCGACGACGACUCCUCUUCGACUCCUCCUCCAGUCCUCCUCUCGCCGUUUUGACUAAGCACAUUCGAAGUAGAAUUUCUAAAACCUGACUGAAAUUUCCCCAAAAUCAUAAUCAAUAAAAAAAUCAAGACAAUAGAAAAAAAUCUCGGCCAAUGGAGAUAGAGACAGAGAUGCCGGCUGAGAUGGACAUGGAAACCAUCGACUCCAAUCAUUCACCUUCUUCCUCCUCUGCGAAGCAUUUUGGCAUCAAGAAUGCGAUCCAGACCAAUUUUGGCGACGAGUAUGUCUUUCAGAUUGCCGCGAGUCAGGAUUCUUCGACAUUGGCGGUGUCUCUAUCGUCCAAAGUGAUCAAAUUGUACUCGCCUGUAACUGGGCAGUACUUUGGAGAGUGUAAAGGGCAUCGUGAGACGAUCCAUGAGAUCUCAUAUUCGAUUCCGUCGUCACCGAAUGUGAUUUGUUCUUGCUCGUCCGAUGCAACUGUCAGAGCUUGGGAUACUAGGACAUUUAAGCAGGUUUCUUCACUAAAAGCUGGUUCUUAUCAAGAAAUAUUUAGCUUUUCUUUUGGUGGGUCAAGUGGUAAUCUUCUUGCUGCUGGUUGUAAUGCACAGAUAUUGUUUUGGGACUGGAGAAGCAGUAAGCAGGUGGCAUGCUUGGAAGAAUCACACAUGGACGAUGUCACACAAGUACACUUUGCUCCAGAUCAGCAAAGCAAGCUCAUUUCUUCUUCUGUUGAUGGUUUGUUAUGUCUUUUUGAUACUAAUGGGCAAAUUGAUGACGAUAAUCAUUUGGAAUCAGUAAUGAAUGUGGGAACAUCCAUUGCAAAAGUUGGGUUCUUUGGACAGAGGAAUGAAAAGCUAUGGUGUUUGACUCACAUUGAAACGUUGAGUAUCUGGGAUUGGGAAGAUACAAGAAGAGAAGUCAACUUCGAAAAUGCUCGCUCAUUGGCUUCUGAUAAAUGGAAUCUAGAUGAUAUUGACUAUUUUGUCGAUUGCUACUACUCUGGCACCGACGAUCAAUUAUGGGUAAUCGGUGGCACAGGCUCAGGGACGCUGGGCUACUUUCCCAUAAACUCCAACUCUCCUUCAACAAUUGGGUCACCGGGGGCCAUUCUUGAAGGUGGCCAUUUAGGGGUCGUGAGGGCUGUGUUACCCGUUUCAAACAUGAAUGGGAGCCUUGCACAGAGCAAAGGCAUCUUUGGGUGGACUGGCGGAGAGGAUGGACGCCUUUGUUGCUGGCUGUCAGAUGAAUCGUCUCAAUUGAAUAGGUCGUGGAUAACUAGUGCCUUGGUUGUCAAAUCUCCAAGAAGUCGCGGCAAGAAUCGACACCAUCCAUAUUGAUAGUCGAAAUGCUGUAUACUGUUUACUUGCAGUAUUAGUCGAGUAUGUCCUUGGCUGUAUGUUGUAAUAUAGAGGCGUAUGGUUUGGAGUGCUGGAGAACUAUUGACCCUAAUUAUGAAAAUUCUUGACACCUAUCCUAAUAGAGCGUUGACAAGACUAUUGUAAUAGACAAGAUUAUUGUAAUAGAGCAUAGGCUUAUGGUUUUGAUUCUAAUUUGGAGUUUGUUAUAUGAAAAUUUAUUCUGAUAGAGCGUAG